AUGGCGAGCUCUUCGCCCGCGGACGUGCACGUGCUGCUCGUGGACGACGACAGGGUGUGUCGUACCCUCGUCGCGGGCAUGCUCAAGAAGUGCAACUACCAGGUCACCACGGCGAGCAGCGGCGAGGAGGCGAUGGCCCUCCUGGAGCGCGGCACCCAGUUCAACCUCCUCCUCACCGACGUCAUGAUGCCCGACGUCGACGGCCCGACGCUCUUGCACUACGUUCGCAACAACCCCUUCUACCAGGAGAUGCCGGUGGUGAUGAUGUCCUCGAACGAGCACGCGGACACCGUCAUGAACUGCAUACGGCUCGGCGCCGAGGAUUACCUCCUCAAGCCCGUCACCAAGAAGGCGGUCAAGCACAUGUGGGCGCACGUCUGGCGACGCAAGCAGAGGUACCAGAUGGUGCCCCAGUUUGAGAAUGGCCACGAGGUCGUGGAGGACGACUACGCCGCGGGCAUCGGCGCGCACGAGCUCGAGGACGGGCACCACAGGGGGUUCGAGGACCACAUGGAGCCGCAGGUGCCCGAGAACGAGGAGUACUCCUCGGACGGGGAGGAGAUGGACGGCGAUAGAGCGGCUGCCGCGGGCACAGCCGGCGGCGAGUACUACGAGCGCAUCGCCGACGACGACGAGGCGUGGGCGCAGGCGCGUCGCCGCGCCGCCGCGCAGUACAUGGACGACGCCGGGAUGGACACCGACGGCGGCGGCGGGUGCCCGUUCGGCGGAGGCGGCGGCGGCGGCGGCGGGAGGGGGGGGGUCAAGGGACCCACGGCGAAGCGGGUCGGCUUUCAGCUCACCCCCGACGGCGCGUGUCCGUUUAGCGGUAAAAAGAUGGAAAAUGUGGACGAGGGGGACGAGGCGCACGCGCGGCGGGAGGAGGCUGAGCGCGCGGCGAGGGCCAGCACCGAUCCGAUGGUGGUGACGUGCCCGGUGACCGGGGCGAAGCGAAGGCUGGCGUCGGUGCCCCCCAUUCAGGGCUUCGAGCACGGGCACCACAUGACGUUGAGGCAGUGGCUCGACGACCAGAACGCGAGGGGACAGAUCGUGGACAAGCGCGAUUCCCUGCACGUCAUCGGGAAAUGCGCGGCGCUGCUGGCGAGGCAGCACGAGGGCGGCAUGGUGCUCGGGCACAUGCUGCCGAGCAGGCUGGUGAUCUCGCCGCAAGGGGACGUGUCGCUGGCCCCUCCUACGCCCCCCUUGUCGCCCGAGAGAGCGGCUCGAGGGAACGGCGGCGAGGGGGUUGGCGUCGACGAGGGGGUGAGCGGCGGCGAGGGGAUGAGCGCGGGAAAAGGUGGCAGGCGCGCCACGCGCGCGGCCACCAUGCGCAAUCGCAGGGCGUCCAGAGAGUACGACGAGGACGGCUCCGAGGACGGCUCCGAGACGAUCGAAGCCGACGACGAGGACAGCGACGACGACGACGACGACGAGGCCGACGCGGACGACGAGAUCAAACCCGGGCGUCCGUCCCGGGCGUCCCCUCCGGUCUGCCCCAACGAGUUUCUGUACGAUUCCCCGGAGAUGCGCCUGGCGUCUGGCGACCCCCGCGCGGUGGACAUCCGGCGUCACGAGUGCUUCGGGCUCGGCGUGCUCAUGGUGGAGCUGUGCUGGCCGGAGGUGGCUGCCGGCGCGAUGGGCGACGUCGCGAAGCUCCUCGGCGCGACGCUGCGUCCCGACGGCGUCGGCGCCGCGGCGCUGGACGCGGAUCCGAACGAAUCCGCCGUGGCCAGGCAGCUCCUGCAACCCGUCCCGACCAACAGGCCGAGCGCCAAGCAGGUCACCGAGCUCAUCAAGCGCGCCGCGGAGAUCGCGGAGGCGGAGGCGGACGCCAAGGAGAACGCGGACGUCCUGCACAGGGAGAACGGAUGGCCGACGCGACGCGAGAUGGGACUCGCGACGGAGCGGCGUCUCACCGAGCUCGCCACUCUGCGAACGUUUUUGAUCGCGCACAAGGAGGCGAGGCUGCGGGAGGUUCAGGGGCACAAGGUGCGGUCCGCGCUGCUGGCGCACGCGCUGCGCCAGCUCGGCGAGCAGACGGAGGUUGGAGCGGACGACGGCAUCGGGCAGCGGGGCGGGUCCGCCGGCAACCUGCGGCAAACGAGUUUCGGCAACCUGCGGCAAACGAGUUUCAACCGCGGGCAGAGCCCGCUUCGACGGCCCAGCUUCGACGGCUCUCAACCGAUCCGCCGCGGAGCGUCGCUGGACAUACCCCGGCAGCAGAGCUUCAACCGCGGUCACGCCCAGCAGACGCCGGCGCCGGUCGGGGGGGUCCCCGACCACCUGUCCAAGCUGCAACCGAUGAAGAAACGGCGGCAAUCGCUGGACGUGACGGAGAUUUCCCAGGGUCAGGUUGGCGAUCAGCCCGGCACGCGCGGGGUCGUCCGGCAUCCUUCCUUCACCAGCGAGGGCGCCGCCCCGUCCCCGCGCACCAGCGUCGACGGGCGUCCGAGCGUCGACUCCCAGCGCCGGUCCAUCGAGCGCAAGAGAUCGUUCGACGGCAGGGGCGUCGCCGGGGCGGGGUCGCCCCGAGCCGCGGCGGCUGCCAACCCGGGUCCCUUCGCCGUGCGCCGCGACAGCUCCCGCACCAGCAUGGACACCGCCGGAUCCAACGACAGCGACAGACAACGGCGCCCCAGCCUGCGCAGCGCGUCUUUCAACCGCAGUUUCAACCGCAGUUUCAGCACCGGGGACCUCGUCAGGCUGGGUGGCGGUUUGCGCCCCGACGCCGCCGCCGCGGUUGCCAAGUCGCACCGAGUCGCCAAGGAGCUCGACGAGGCCGAGUUCGAGGCGCUCGAGGAGAACUUCUUCGACGCCUGCGCCCGGGCCAUCGCGCCCAUCGCGAGGAACUACACGAAGGCCCAGGCCGCCAUCGCGAACGCGGUCGGAUCGUCCGGCGAGGGGUCACCCAACGCCGGGUCACCCGAGAGGGGAGUGCCCGAGAGUGGAGAGCCCGAGGAGGGAGAGCCCGCGCCGCCGUCCGAAAAGGAUGCGCAACGCGCGCUCGUCGAGAAGCGUCGCCAGGGCGCGAUCGCCGAGACCGCGGCCGCGGCGUCGCAGGCGCUCGGCCAGGCGCUCCACGCCUUUGGCCAGGACCUCUCGCAGGCGACGCGCAAGACGACGCUGCGAACGAUAGCCGACGUGUCUUUGGGGGACGUGCACUCGUUCGGGGAGAUGAUCUGCUGCACGGGCUGGGACAGGGACGCGGAGUACAUCGCCACCGCGGGCAUCUCCAAGCGCCUGCGAAUCUUCGAGGUGGACCCGCUGAUCAACAGCGGCGCCGCCGUGCACUGCCCGGUGGCGGAGAUGAAGGCGAGCGCGAAGCUCUCGUCGAUGACUUGGAAUCCGUACAUCAAGCACACGGUCGCGACGGCGGAUUACGAGGGGGUGGUGAGUUUGUGGGACGUGAACCGAGGCGAGGUUGGGAGCGCGUUUCACGAGCACAAGAAGCGGGUGUGGAGCACGAGCUGGUCCAAGCUCGAUCCCACGAGACUCGUCUCCGGAAGCGACGACGGCACCUGCCGUGUGUGGUCCAUCAACCAGAGGGAGUCCACCGCGGUUAUUCAAAACCGCGCCAACAUCUGCUGCGUGCACUUCUCCCCCGUCAGCGCCAACGUCGUGGCGUUCGGGUCCGCGGACUACAGCAUCAAGGCGUACGAUCUGCGUCACACGCUGCGCCCGCUGGUGUCCUUGACGGGUCACAAGAAGGCGGUUUCGUACGUGAGGUGGCUCGACGGCGAUUUGAUAGCCUCGGCGUCGACGGAUAACACGCUCAAGCUCUGGGACGUCAAGAGGGGCAUCCUGGGCGCCAUGGCGGGACCCACGCAGCUCGCGGUGAGCGACCCGUCGUCCACGCUGUGGGCCGGGGACAAGAGCGGGGACGGUAACCCGGCGUGCCUGCGAACCUUUCGCGGGCACGUCAACCGCAAGAAUUUCGUCGGCAUGUCCGCCUCGUCAGCGGGUCACAUCGCGGUGGGUUCGGAGGACAACACCGUCUGCGUGUACGCCAAGGCGGUGCCCGCGCCGAUCGCGAGGCAUUCGCUCGCGGUGACGGCGGCGUUCUCCAACCACGGCGCGGGGGCGGGCGGCGCUCAGUCGACGACGGCGACGGCGGGGGGGGGCGGCGGCGACGGCGACAAGCCGGGUCUCUUCGUGAGCUCGGUGACGUGGUCGCCGAGCGGGCGCAUGCUCGUGGCGGCCAACUCGUGCGGCGCGGUGAAGAUCAUGGAGUUGACCGCGCCGCCGUGA